CGGCUGAAGCGUCCACGGAACCUACCCGACAGAGGAAAGCACCGAAGCGGAAGCGACGAGCCGACGAUAUCGUCGUGCGGCACGGCAGACAACCCCACCUGCGAAAACGAGGAACGCGGCCGCGUCAACCACGCCGCCCGUCACGAACGCGACGCCGAGGCCGGGUCAGGUAAAAGCGACGGGCUCGCCGGGUGGACUAGCUCGCCGGUCGUCCUUCAUGUUAUCUCCAGCACCAGCAGCACGCGCGAUCUCGUCCGGUGGACUGGCGUUCACGUAAUCACGGUCCACAAGUCUCGCCGAUACGCGAUACGGCGAUACCGGCCGUCGCCGUCUCAUGGGCUCCGGCUCCGACUCUCACGUUUCCUUCUCCCUUCCUGCCGCUACGGCGGUGGCGGCAACGACUCGCGCGGGCCGGUCCUAGGUUCUCCCGGAGCGGGUGGGCGGGCGGGCGGUUCGGCGGGAUGGGCACGCCGGAGUUCCCCAACCUGGGAAAGCACUGCAGCGUCGGCGACUGCAACCAGAUCGACUUCCUCCCCUUCACCUGCGACCGCUGCGACCAUGUCUUUUGCCUUGAUCACCGAAGUUAUACAUCACACCAAUGCCCAAAUGCAAACAUGAAAGACGUCACUGUCCUCAUCUGCCCACUCUGUGCUAAAGGUGUUCGCCUCAAUCCAAGUGAAGACCCAAAUAUCACCUGGGAUACUCAUGUUAACACUGAUUGUGAUCCAUCAAAUUACCAAAAAGUGAUGAAGAAAAAGAAAUGCCCUGUUCCUGGGUGCAGAGAGACACUGACAUUUUCCAACACCAUCAGAUGCAAAGAUUGCACCAGAGAACACUGCCUAAAGCACAGAUUUGGGCCUGAUCAUAAGUGCCCAGGACCAAGAAAAGUGGAUUCUGGCUUUCCCUUUGUAAGCAUGCUAAGGAGAAGUCAGAAAGCGGAGACACGCUCAAAUAGCAGUAACAACAAUGGUUCUUCGUGGUGGAGCUCCAGUCUUGUGAAUGCAGCAACGAAUUUCAAAUCAUCAGCCGAAGCUGGAAUGCAGAAGCUGAGCACCGUGACUAGCCAAGCCUUCCAGAAGGCUAAGGAUGGGAUCGCCCCAAAUAGCAGCAGCAGCAGUGGUGACCUUGUGGAGCAAUGUGUUCACUGCCCAGCAAGAUUUUCCACCGUGGGGGCCUUAAUUGAACAUGUUGAGAAAUCCCACCAGAUCAACUCACAACCAAGUCAUGGCCGAGUGACGAUUGAUGUUUGCCCAAAAUGCAGCAAGGCGUUCCGGGAUCCUGUGUUGCUUGUGGAGCAUGUUGAGAAGGAGCAUGGAGGAACGUCAAGAGUGUAGUGUAAAGCUUCGUGUGUACUCUUAACCUUUGUAAUGUGUAACUUUUCGUUACCUUUUCUCAUUUCAUCAAUUUGAUUAUACUCUACACUUUUGGGCUCAACAUUUGCCCACAGGACAAGUAUAUUACGCUGGAUUGAAGGCAAAGCAGCCAUUGUCCAUCAUUAUAGAAACUGAAGUAAGAUUUGUUAAGAAAAUGUUAAUAUCUGUCGCAACUGGUGAAAAAAAAGGCAGCAGCUGUUCUUGGCCUU